UUGGAGCGGGGAGGGAGUUGAGGGGGCGGGCUGAAGGUGCGUGUGGCUCAGUAGCGGGAGUUUGUGUCAGUCAGUCAGACUGUGAGUGAGGAGCUGAAUUCAUUCAUUGUUACAGUGCUCUCUGGAGAUGACUUCCCAAUGCCCCCGCUGUCUGGCCCCGGUCUACUUUGCAGAGAAAGUGAGCUCCUUGGGGAAAAACUGGCAUCGUUUCUGCCUGAAAUGUGAGCUUUGCAAUAAGAUCCUGUCUGCGGGCAGCCAUGCAGAGCACAACGGACAGCCCUACUGCCAUAAGCCUUGCUAUGGAGCCCUGUUUGGCCCUAAAGGGGUGAAUAUCGGUGGUGUUGGAUCCUACAUCUAUGAUACAACCCCUCAAAUCCCACAGAAUCCAGUAUCUCCUGUUAUUUGCGUCCCAAGCCACUCCAGUAACAUGAACACAAAGCCUGCUACUAAAGCUGUAGCGCCAAUGAAAACCUUUGCUGGUGAGACAGCUCUGUGUCCUGGCUGUGGGAAACCAGUGUACUUUGCUGAGAAAGUGAUGUCUCUAGGAAGAAACUGGCACCGCCCAUGUCUGAGAUGCCAGCGCUGCAACAAAACAUUAACCUCAGGGGGGCACGCAGAGCAUGAUGGGCUGCCAUACUGCCAUGUUCCAUGCUAUGGCUACCUCUUUGGACCAAAAGGAGUGAACAUUGGAGAUGUUGGAUGUUACAUCUAUGAUCCAUUUAUGGAGACACCAGAGACAGUGAAUUAGAUGUCAAUCCCACAACCAUAUUAACUUCCACUGGGACACAACUCAUUGUAUUUCACUGGGUUCCUGGGAGUGAAGGUAAUGGCAGUGCUCUUCUUACCCCUACGGAAACUUCACUUUUAUCCCACCGUGGGCUGGAUGGUCUGGCUCAGAAUGAUAAAAGACUCUAUAAUCUGCAUUAGUUUAUGGGGGGGGGGGAGUCUGAGUGGCCAAGGACCAUAAAAUAAAUGUGUGGGAAGGUGUCUCACGGUGGUACAACUCUCUGGCCUUCUGAACCAGUGUUAAAACCUUAUGUGCCCCAUUGUGUAAACUCUAUAGCUGUGAUAUCCUGUCUUUUUCACUCUGUCUGACUUGGACACCCAUGAGGGCAGCCAAAUGGUUUGGUUGAAUCAUUUGUCCCCAGGCCAUCAAUCAUAAAGGAAGAGGACUCUGGGGAGGACUAUAUCAAUCGAUUGAUGCCGUCCAUACCUAUUGAGAUAUUCUAACCCGCCCAAUAUGUAUCUGGCAGAUUUUCAGGGCUGUAUAUUGAUUGGUCCCAUACACUUCCCAACAAGCUGCCAACUUGGUCUGGAGUCUCAACAUAUGUAUGGACAGCUUAAAUGUUUUGAUGCUAUAAUUCAGGGGUGCCCAGACUUUGUUACACUGGGAUCUACUCUCGACACCUGGCCUCCAUCAGGAGAUCUACCUUGAUAAUGCGCGGCAAUUUUUUAAUCCACUCCUAUUUUUUGUGGCCACACCCCCUAAUUACCAUGUUCAUUUUACAAAAUUUGGCAGGUUAUGAAAGUUUGAUAAUGCGCGGCAAUUUUUUAAUCCACUCCUAUUUUUUGUGGCCACACCCCCUAAUUACCAUGUUCAUUUUACAAAAUUUGGCAAGUUAUGAAAGUUUGAACACACUCCCUUCCCCUCUGUGCUUGCUGCUCUCAGCACUCCCUCGCCUCCAUAUCCGUGCCUGUAGCCUGCCCUCCCUUCCCCUCCGUGUCCAUGCCUGUAGCAACCCUCCCCUCCUUCCCCUCUGUCUCAAUGCAUGUAGCAGCUAGGGUUGCCACCUUUUCUGAGAAAAAAUACUGGCCUUCCUAUACAUUUAUCUUUUUUCCCUAUUAAUUACAUUGGGAUCAACCAUCAUUUUUACCCGGCAGGUGGCAACCCUAGUAGCAGCCCUUCCUUCUCCUCUGUGUCUCCGUGCCUGUAGCAGUCCUCCCUUCCUUCCCCAAUGUCUCUAUGCAUGUAGCAGUCCUCCCUUCCCCUCUGUCUCCAUGCAUGUAGCAGUCCUCCCUUCCUUCCCCUCUGUGUCUCCGUUCCUGUAGCAGUCCUCCCUUCCUUCCCCUCUGUCUCCGUGCAUAUAGCAGCCCUUCCUUCCCCUCUGUGUCUCCAUUCCUGUAGCAGUCCUCCCUUCCUUCCCCUCUGUGUCUCUGUGCAUGUAACAGUCCUCCCUUCCUUCGGUGUCUCAGUGCCUGUAGCAGUCCUCCCUUCCUUCCCCUCUGUGUCUCAGUGCCUGUAGCAAUCCUCCCUUCCUUCCCCUCUGUGUCUCAGUGCCUGUAGCAGUCCUCCCUUCCUUCCCCUCUGUGUCUCAGUGCCUGUAGCAAUCCUCCCUUCCUUCCCCUCUGUGUCUCUGUGCAUGUAACAGUCCUCCCUUCCUUCGGUGUCUCCGUGCCUGUAGCAGUUCUCCCUUCCUUCCCCUCUGUGUCUCCGUGCAUGUAGCAGCCCUUUCUUCCCCUCUUUGUCUCCGUGCCUGUAGCAAUCCUCCCUUCCUUCCCCUCUGUCUCUCUACUCUGUGCAUGUAGCAGUCCUCCCUUCCUUCGGUGUCUCCAUGCCUGUAGCAGUCCUCCCUUCCUCCCCCUCUGUGUCUCUGUGCAUGUAGCAGUCCUCCCUUCCUCCCCCUCUGUGUCUCUGUGCAUGUAGCAGUCCUCCCUUCCUUCCCCUGUGUCUCCAUGCUUGCUGAAGCCCGCACUCCUUCCCUAUCUUCCCUGUGCCUCCCUUCAUUCCCCUCAGCUCAGCCUGCCCUUCCACCCUUCUCUUCUGAGACCACCCUUCUCCUCGUAGCUGGCGCUUCUUCACUGCUCUGAGCCCGCCCUCCUCGUCUGCUUUGAGUCCAGCCAGCCGUCUCUUGUUCCGACGCGGGGCCCUAGGUCGCGGUCUACCAGGAACAUGACAGGGAUCUACUGGGAACCCCUGCUAUAAUUUAUGUCCAAUUUGAAUAACAUUAACAACUGUAUUCUGAACAGUUUACUUAUCUGUGUAAAUGAUAUACAUGCUAUACUGCUAGAAAGAAUCUUAUUUAUUUAAAAUGGAUUAGAACUUUAGAAGCAAAGAGAGUUUCUUGUGCCGGGUCACAGUACUUCUUGUUAAAUCCAUAUGAAGCCCCUACAAUUAUUUGAUGUUAUUUGCCCAUUAAAGAGGUACUCCCCCUUUAAUUGUUUGAGAUACUGUAAACAAAAUAAAAAGUAUUUAAUUUUGGUUGAAAA